AUGAGCCAACUCGAGAAACAACUGUUCCAGCUCAAAUUCACGGCGAAGACGCUGAAUCGCCAGGCGAAGAAAGCACAGAAGGACGAGAACUCUGAGAAGACACGUCUGAAGAAGGCACUGCAGCAGGGCAACAACGAUGGCGCGCGUAUCUACGCCUCCAAUGCGAUUCGCAAGAAGAGCGAAGCAUUGAAUCUGUUGAGGCUCGCCAGUAGGAUAGACGCCGUGGCGAGUCGCGUGGAGACCGCCGUCACGAUGCGACAAGUGACCGGGAGCAUGACGAACGUGGUGAAGGGUAUGGACAAGGCGAUGGAGAGCAUGAACCUUGAGCGGAUAUCGCUUGUCAUGGAUAAGUUCGAGUCCCAGUUCUCCGAUCUCGACGUGCAGACCUCGUACAUGGAGGACACCAUGGGCGCAACUACUGCCGUUAACACGCCACAGGACCAGGUCGACGGCUUGAUGCGCCAGAUGGCCGAGGAGGCUAACAUCGAGCUUGCACACGAUCUAGCCGCGCCAGAUCUGUCUGCCGUCAGGAACACGCCCGAAGCGGAACUCGUCCGAGAGGAAGACACGAAUCUUGCGGAACGGCUACGGGCGUUGCGACCUGCUACAUGA